CACAGAUUUCCAUAUUUUAUUGUAACGUUUGAGACUGUAACACCUGAGCGGGUCAUAAUAAUCGCGAAGAGAUUCAAGAACAGGUUCGACGGAGGGGGGCAUACGCAUUGCAAAAUUUAUCGCCCUCGUAGGUACUGUGAUUGAUUGUAGUCGUGCUCGUGCGUGACAGAUUUACUAUCUUAUAUCUCAUUUUCCAGCAUGUUGCCAAACCACUCCACUUUUGUAAUUGAGAAAACUUCAACUUGUAUCUGCAAGCUGUGCUAGUUCGAUACUUUUGCAAUGCAUAGGGCACGCACAGCAAGGAGACCAGCUGGCCUCGUACGCAAAUCAAAUCGAGCAAGUCAUCUACCCGCAAAACUUGUUCGCCACUGGUACCUACGCUCAGUUCAGCCCGAAAAAAGUACAACAAUUGGUACCCGUUGCAGCAAAAGGUGACGCGGAAAAUACUAUUAAAACCGAGGAUGCGGUCAAAACUAGAGGAUCUUCCGUCACGGUCGACGACGCGCCCGUGGAAACGUGGAAAGACGAGGUUCCGUCACGGUCGACGUGGAAAGAGUAGUAGCAGCACUACUUCUCCUCCAGCCCCCGCCCCAGCAGCGCCCACAACUACUGCAACCUCAAGUACUUCCGUGACGCCCGCCCCAGCAGGUGCGUCAACCACAG